GACUGUUGUCAUUGUGGUCUUUUAAAAUAUAUCUUUGUUUUGGUGAUGUAUUACUUCAUUGGAUGCCAUUAAUGUGGAAUUUUGUUUUGUGACUCCUAAUUAAAAGUCAUUUUUCAAAUUUGUAAAAUCUGCAUUUUUUUCCCCUCUUGUAAUAAGUGUUGGUUUCGUUCUCUGCUGGUGUUUGUCCUUUUCUUGGUCUACUAUGUUAGCAUGAGUCAAACCCCUGACAUUUUAAUUGUUUGUGCUUGGUACACAAACAGUUCUGCUGUCUGAAAUAUAACCCGUCAUCUCAUAGGCGACGUGUGUGUGUUUGUGACAUUGUUUCAAUCUUAGUAAUUAAUUAGAAAUAGUAAAGCAAUUUUAUAUACCAUAUUCUAUCAAUUAUGAUUAUUCUCAAUAAAUAUUUAUUAAUAAAACUCAACAUUUACUCGAAUGUUACAUUUCUUAAAAUCGACUUUCGUUUUUGGGAGCGGACUUUUAUUAUGGUAACGUGGAAGUGUUAAGGACUUUUGAGUUGCAAGCAAACGUAAACAGUCCAAAUAUAAAUAUGUGGAAGAAGAUUUGUGUAACAAUGAAUUACUCUACAGUUUUAUUUGUAAAACAAAACAGUAUUUAUUAAGGUUAGAAGGGUUUGGGAGCUUUUAUUAUGUUCAGAAGGCGGAAGUACGGCAGUGAAGUCACGUGAGGAGGUGUUUUCACAACGAUGCAUUUGAUGCGCACUGCCAACUCGUUUUUUAACGCGUAAAAAUCUGUGUCUGUGAUAAUUAAAACGCAACAGAGUUGCUGAAAUGGACGAGGACGGAUUACCUAUUGUGGGAUCAGGAAUAGAUCUUACAAAGGUUCCAGCCAUUCAACAGAGAAGAAUCGUAGCUUUCCUCAAUCAGUUCAUAGUCCACACCGUCAGGUUCCUGAAUCGCUUUUCCACAGUUUGUGAGGAGAAGCUAGCAACAGUAUCACUUCGAAUCCAGCAGAUUGAGACCACACUAAGCAUUUUGGAAGCAAAGUUAGCCUCUAUUCCUGGUUUGGAAGAAGUGACAGUGGAUGGAGUGAGACCAUCUCCUGUGACAAACGGCCCUGCAGUGCAAGCCAGUCCUGCAAGGGGCCCCCCUGUUGAGGCAUCUCAGCAAACACAAAUGGCCCCUCAGGAGCCGAAAGCAGAUGUCCCAGCAGAAAACAUCAUGACUGUAGCCAAGGACCCGAGAUAUGCCAGAUACCUGAAAAUGGUGCAAGUGGGUGUUCCAGCUAUGGCCAUUAAAAAUAAGAUGGUAUUGGACGGUUUGGACCCUAGUUUGCUUGAUACUCCUGAUGCUCCUGUUCCAGGUGGUGGCAAAAAAGCCUUGGAAGAGCAAGAUGAUGACAGCUCUGACAGCGAAUCAUCCUUCAGUGAUUGAUUGGCUCUGCCCCCUCCCACAGCUAACUUGGCCUGGACUUGUUAUACCUUGUUGGUCUUGGCCUACUGUAUGUAGGCUGUCUUGAAUCUUGCUCAUGUCAAAGCAGGGUUAAUGCACUUGAUUGUCCCUACAAAGGACAGACAUUAAGUGAUGGCCUUAAAAGGUUGUGCUACAUCAUGGAGACGGCAUACUUGAAAUCUGUGGAGGUUUCUGAGGGCUGGUGCUCACUAGGUAAGAUCGCGGAUGAUGAUUUUGAUUAUAUUUGAAGUCUGAGUACUACUCUCAUGUGAAGUGUGUCAUUUCUUGCCAUGUACAUAUGUGUAUCCAAUAACAAUAAAAAGAUGCCAUUGGGUGUUUUUAUGAAAUGGCCACAAGCAGCCUGGUUAAUCUGUUCUGAAAUAGAUUUUUAAAAUUGGUGCUGUGGGAAAUUUCUUUUUUUUUUCAUCUCCAGUUGGAACAAUCUUGAAUUGACUUCAGGAAAAAAGUCAUAUCAACCACAAAAUCCACAUAAAGCCCUAUUUAAUUUAGUUAGAUUUUUUAUGUUUCUGAUACUAAUUAUGUAACAUAGCAUUGAAGAUUUGCGUACAUUGUCUUUUCCAAAGUAACUUAUUAAAAGUUAUAUUCAAAAUCA